UAAUGCCAUAGUCGUCAACUCGCAGCUCAUUUCAUCGUUAGAGAGGCAAUCUAAGCCUUAAAAAGAAUAAAAUAUAAAAUAAAAAAUAAAUAAAUAAAUACCUCGGUUUCACUUUCUCCACUUCCUUUCGGUUCACGGGAAAUCUAACCAACCAGAUCUAGUUUCAGUUCGAUGCCAUAAAUUCUCUCUCUCUCUCUCUCUGUCUCUCUCUCUACGAUGUGAAUCUUCGUUCCAAACAUGUCAUUUUCUUACAACCCUGUCUAUCUAUCUACCACAGUAUCUCGAACAGGAUCUAUCUGCCAUUGUUUCAAACAAGAUUGUCUCGAACAAUAUUGUUUUGAAUAAGAUUUUGCCUUAAACAAGAGAAAAAAAAAAAAAACUAUCUUUCUUCUCCAAUUCCUCAGCUGUGUCCGAACACUCACUCCUAGGUAGCUGUCAGUUUCCGCGAACUCAAAUUUUCCGAAACCUGGUACAGAACAAAAGACAGAACUCUGAGGUCCAAAUCUGAUUAGUGAUUAGGGUUUUGCCUCGUUUGUGACAAUGGAUUACGCUCGGGACGGGAACGUGGUGCAAAUAAUCACCGGCGGCGGCGGGGGUGGAGAGAGCUGGUCCGGCGACCAAGCCGAUUGGGCGACGGAGGAUGAGUACCGGUUUUGGAACAACAACAACAACAACGGUGGGGACUCAGAAACGACGCCAUCGAACUCGAAUUACGAGGGGCGGUCGUCGGAGCCGCCGAGUAAGAAGUCACGGAAUUCGUCGCAAGAGGGUAGCUCCUCGAACCGGUCGAAGGCGAUCGGGAAGAUGUUCUUCAAGACGAAGCUGUGCUGCAAGUUUAGGGCAGGGACCUGCCCUUACAUAACAAACUGCAAUUUCGCUCACAGCAUUGAGGAGCUGCGCCGCCCGCCGCCGAAUUGGCAGGAGAUUGUGGCGGCCCACGAGGAGGAGAAGGCGGUGAUGACCGAGCCGCCGCAACAGCCGAGGGAGGAGUUUCAGAUUCCCACUGUGGGGUCUUCCACCUUCUCUGGAGAAAUGAUGCAGAGGUCUUACAAGGGAAGGCAUUGUAAGAAGUUUUACACGGAGGAAGGCUGCCCCUAUGGGGAUAGUUGCACCUUUCUUCACGACGAGCAAUCGAAGAAUCGCGAGAGUGUUGCUAUAAGUUUGGGCCCUGGUGGUUAUGCUGGUGGCGGUGGCGGUGGUUGUGGUAGUGGUAGUGGUGGUGGUGGUGGUGGUGGUGGUGGUGGUGUUGGUGGUGGUGGCAGUGGUGGUAACGGUGGUGUUAAUGCUGCUGGGAAUGGACCUAAUUCAAAGCCCUCGAAUUGGAAAACCAGGAUUUGCAAUAAGUGGGAGAUGACAGGGUAUUGCCCCUUUGGCAAUAAGUGUCAUUUUGCUCAUGGUGCCACAGAAUUGCACAGAUAUGGAGGCGGUCUUAUGGAGGGUGAAAAUAGAGAUGCUGCUUCUGUGGUUGCCAGCGACACAAAUAAGGGAGGGCCUUCAAAAGCUUCCGCCGAUAAUGUGGUUGCAGCAGUUACUCUGGCUGCUAUUUCUGAUGUGUAUCAUAUUGGAGUCCCUUCACAAAGGCCUUCUUCCAUGGCUAUUCAGAGGCCAGGACAGAGAGCACAUCAGAAGUGGAAAGGUCCAGAUAAAAUCAGUAGGAUAUAUGGUGAUUGGAUCGAAGACAUUGAAUAGAGUUAUAAUCUCCCAUUCAUGGAAACGACUGAUGAGGAGGGCUUAUGUACCAUCAAAACGCAAGAAUUUUCAUUCACACGCUAUUUUAUUCGGUAAUUUAUCUUAAGAUCCUUAACUUCCAACGGGAAUAGCACUUUAGAUCGUUUCAUGUAUAACUGUUUUUUACGUUUAUGUUUGGUGGUGUAUUCACCUUCUCCUUAA